UGGCUGCCCCCGGGGCCCCGCGGAGAUAGCGUAGUGGACGACGAUGGAGACGCGAAUGGCCGCGUAAUGAACGCGCUCGCGGCUCGGGCGGCGCUGUCGGCACUGUACAUCGCGUCAUCGACGUCGUCGUCCGAAGCGGCGGCGGGCAGCAGCAGUAGCAGUAGCAGCAGCAGCAGCAACAGCAAUGCGUGGACAACGAUGGCGUCGGCGGCGGCGGUGGUCGUGGCUGCGGCCGCGACGGCCACGAACGCCACCGCAUCCGUCGACCCGGGCGGUGACGAGGGCGGCGGCGGGGACGUCCCGCCUAGGUUCACGCUAUCCCAGACGGCGUUCAUCGCGCUCGUGUCCGGCAUGCUCAGCUUCAUCACCGUGUCCGGCAACAUAAUGGUCAUGGUGUCGUUCAAGAUCGACAAGCAGCUGCAGAACAUCAGCAACUACUUCCUGUUCAGCCUGGCGCUGGCCGACUUCUUCAUCGGCCUCAUAUCCAUGCCGCUGUUCACCGUGUACACCAUACUCGGUUACUGGCCGUUCGGCCGGCACGUGUGCGACGGUUGGCUCGCGCUCGACUACCUGGCCAGCAAUGCUUCCGUGCUCAACCUGCUGCUGAUCAGCUUCGACCGAUACCUGUCCGUCACCAGACCGUUAACGUACAGGGCUAAACGGACCAAAGGCAAAGCGCUGCUGUUCAUAUCGGCCGCGUGGAUCAUAUCUCUCGGUUUGUGGCCACCGUGGAUUUACUUGUGGCCUAUCAUAGAAGGUCGCCGGACCGUACCCGAAACACAGUGUUAUAUUCAAUUCAUACUGACCAAUCAGUACAUUACUUUCGGUACGGCCAUCGCGGCCUUUUAUGUGCCAGUAACGGUCAUGUGUUUUCUAUAUUUUCGUAUAUACAGAGAGACAAAAAAGAGACAAAAAGACUUGCCGAAUCUGCAAGCCAUGAACAAACCACACAACGAUCAUCAACACGAGGAAUCGUGGGGUCACAUACGGUCCGAAUCGAACCAAGCUAAUUCGUUGGAUCAACGGGAGAUGUAUGAGACUAGUUCGUUGCGCAAAGCGUACUCGCAGUGUUCAUUGAAAGCGAGACGCCUUCUGACGUGGUCGUGGUUACGCGAUUGGUGCGUGGACUGGUGGUACUCGGGCCGCGAUGACGAUUACGACGAGGAGGACGAUCAGACGCCCAGCGAUGUGCCGGGAGGCACCAGCUACGGCACGACCGUGUCCAGGUCCACGUCUUUGAACGUCAUCCAUCAGCAGCAGCCCUGCACUACGCCGCCGCCGUCGAAAUCCUGUCACGUGGUCAACAAUAAUAACCGGCUGACUAACCGGUCCUUGUCCAACGACUCGGUGUACACGAUCGUGAUAAAGUUACCAGGCGACAGUGACCAAGACGCGCCGACGGUGAAACAGUACCACGGGUGUUACGAAGAGUCGAGACGGUUGCAUGGGAUAGGCAGUGGCGGGGCAGGUCCGAUGUCACGCAGGCCGUCGUCGCAAGACAUGCGGCUGCCGUUGAAUGCGGCGAAGAUACUGCAACCGAAGCAGUUGACACGGGCGCAGGGGGCCGCGCUGCAAGCCAAGGAGAAGAAGAAGAAAAAGUUUCAGGAGAAGAAGAGCGAACGGAAGGCGGCGAAAACGUUAUCGGCCAUCCUGCUGACGUUCAUUAUCACGUGGACGCCGUACAACAUACUGGUGUUGCUGAAACCGUUCACCGCGGCCACGGGUGGUGGCGAGGCUGGCGAACCGGAUAACAGCAAGGAGUGGGUGACGCAGGGCGUGUGGGACUUUUUCUACUACCUGUGCUACAUCAACAGUACCAUCAACCCGGUGUGUUACGCCCUAUGCAACGCCACGUUCCGCAUGACCUAUGUGCGGAUACUCAAGUGCAAAUGGAACACCCGCAGGCAACCACCGCACUUCCGCGCGUGAUAACCGGGGUGUUGGUGGUGGAGGUGGUGGUGGUGUGUGUUCCCUAUGUUUUAUCUCCAUCAUCUCUCUCUCCCUAUUCUCACCCACCAGCCUCUUGCAACCACCCUCGCCGUCCGUAAGCUUCUGGCAACCACUUUCACCGCCAACCGCCAUCGAUGGUACUCCUCACUUUCAUGGAUGUGCACGAUUUACGUUUCGUAUCGCUUCUAUACGUGUACACGCAAUUAAAGGUUCGCGUCCGUAGGUUUGCAUCGUACGUAUCGGUCGGAUCGUAACAGACAGACCGCUUAGCGGCAGUACAUUCACUGUGUUCGCAGCAAUCAGACUAGCCAGGCGACAGCCAUUUAUAAUACGAUUUUUAACAACACAAUUGUUGUUUGAUUUCGUAUUCCCGUACGACGUCAUUUGACGUCAGUCCGAAAUUUCAUCGGUAUCCCCGACGGGCUGUGAUGCGUGUCGGUGGAUGCACUUGUGCUGGCUUAAUGCACAAAUGGUUCCGAAAUCCGUUUCGUACGAUCCGUCUGACGCGUACGACGCGAACCUGUGGACGCUUACCUCAAGAGUGACACCUUGAGUACCGACUCCCGAUGCAAUACGCACGGACAGGAUGUAUACGCGUGCGCGGAAGAAGAUUAAUGAGAUAUGGCCCGAAACAAUAAAAAAAUAAACAAAAAUUAAAUGAUGGUAAUUUAAAGACUGUUCGAGGGAUCCACACGGUUAUCCCUCGGCAAAAAUGUACAUACAUAAUAUUAUAAAAAGUACGUUUACGUAUACGUGCAUUAUCGGUGUAUGCAUAUAAUAUUAACUUAGGUAUAUGUGUGUGAAUGGACGUAACUUUUUUUUCGUCAGCCUAUAUACGGGUAUGGUCGAAUUGCACUUAUUUUAGUCGAAUCGCACUUGGGUAUAAAAAAGGUAAUCGUCGAACUGUACUCGGGUAAAAAGCAGGUAGUGGUCGAACUGCACUUGAGCUCAAAAAAGUAUUUCAAUAAAAUUAUCAUGCAUUUGAAGGGGUUAGAUUUAUUUUAUUUAGUUACAUUUAUUACCAU